AUGACAUCCGUCAGUAGCGCAACAGGUUAUGGGCCCCGAGGACGCCUUUUAUUCAAUGGAGACGAAAAGAAGUACGAACUAUGGGAAACCAAAUUUUUAGGAUAUCUGCAUCUUCAAGGAUUAAAGCAGACGAUUCUGCCGGGAGCGGAGACGCCAGAGGAUUUUCACUCCAAAAACGAGACAGCGUAUGCAGAGCUCAUACAGUGUCUGGACGACAGAAGUCUCAGCUUAGUCAUGCGUGACGCUGAGAACGACGGAAGGAAGGCUCUUAUGUUGUUAAGAGACUAUCACUUAGGUAAAGGAAAGCCUAGAGUGAUAGCGAUGUAUUCCGAGUUGUCGUCGUUGCAAAAGGAGACUGAGGAGUCGAUAACCGACUACAUUAUUCGUGCUGAAAACGCUGCGGCUGCACUGGAUAAUGCCGGAGAAACUGUAAAUGAUGCCUUACUAAUUGCAAUGAUUUUGAAAGGACUUCCAGUUGAAUAUAAAGCAUUUUCUGUAGUGUUAGCACAGGGAGAGAAAGAACUAGACUUUACCCAAUUUAAAGUAGCUCUGAAAAACUACGAUGACACAGAAAAAUCACAAACUGAUACAAGCAGUAAAGAGAAAGAGACUGUAAUGAAAGUAUCAAGUUCGUCGCGUCAUGUGAAACGAAAGGACAGAAAAGGGCAUGUUAGUUUUCUUGUGGACUGUGGAGCCACGUCACACAUAGUGACAGACAAAUCAAAAUUCAUAGAAUUUGACAAAAACUUUGACCCAGACAAACACUUUAUUGAAUUGGCUGAUGGAACUAGGACCAAUGGCAUAGCCCAAGGAAGAGGGAAAGUUAAUGUGUCACUGACCACUGCUGAUGGGAAUGUAGCAAACGUGACUUUAGACAAUGCAUUAUAUGUCCCAAGUUACAAACAGAACAUUUUUUCAGUGCAAGCAGCUACUGAGAAAGGAUGCCAGAUCACCUUCAAUUCAGAUCAUGCGGAAAUGAUCGCGACAAAUGGAACUAUCUUUGACAUUGAGAAACAUGGUCGACUAUAUUACUUGUAUAGUAUCAAUGUUAAUUCAGAAGUCAAGCAUAGCUUAGAAGAGUGGCAUAAGGUUUUGGGCCACUGUAAUGUUAGAGAUAUUGAGAAGCUUGAAUCAGUAGUUAAGGACAUGAAAAUUACUGAUAGGAAGUUUAGUGAUUGUGAAGUGUGUACGAUGGGUAAGAUGACACAGCACUUUAGCAGAGUGGCUGAUAGUCGUGCUAAGUGA